AUGACCGCCGAUAGUAGCUUGGUGGCUCUGGAGAAACGGAUACGGGAGGCGAAGGCCGUGGCCAGCCGCUUGUCCCCAAAGACCAGGGACAAAGUUUUAGGAGCGUUUAAAGAAGGUCUGUUGUUGCAUAAUGCGAAAAUUCUCCAAGCCAACAGAGCAGACGUGGAGGAAGCCACGAACAGCGGCACUGUCGCCCCAGCCCUCCUUAAGCGGCUCGUCUUGGAUGCACGGAAGUUGGAGUCGCUCGCUGCUGCCAUCGACGCACUCAGGGCUGCUCCCAACCCUCUUGGAAAGUGCACUCUAGCUACUGAGCUCACUCCAGGGCUCAAUCUUUACCGCGUCACUGUCCCACUAGGGGCUUUGCUGAUUAUAUUUGAAGGGCGCCCGGAGGCGUUUGUUCAAAUUGCGUCCUUGGGACUCAAGUCUGGCAACGUAUGCCUUUUGAAGGGCGGGAAGGAGGCAGCGCGGACGAACAAGGCUUUGCACGAUGCAUUCGUGUUCGGCAUCCAGUCGAAAUUCAGUGUCGAUGAAGCUGGAGUUUCUGGGGGACCUGAGGAGGAUCAGAGGAGUCUGUGCUCGCUAGUACAGCUGGUGGAGUCGCGAGAGGAUGUACAGCAGCUGCUGCAGUUGGAUGGCUGUAUUGACUUAGUCAUUCCCAGGGGCGGUACAAACUUGGUGCGCUUUGUGAAAAGCCACACGGCCAUCCCUGUGAUGGGCCAUGCCGAUGGCAUAUGCCAUGCGUAUAUCGACGCGGACGCUGUAUGUACACCCCAGCGGCUGCAGAAGGCCCUGGACGUAAUUAGAGAUAGCAAGCUGCAGUACGUAGCUGCCUGCAAUGCCCUCGAGGUCCUACUGGUACACAAAGACGCAGCUGAAGUGCUUCUACCAACCCUUGGGCAAGCUCUCGCUGCUGAGGGUGUUCAGUUCCGAGCAGACGAAGCAGCGGCGAGGUUGCUACCUCAAAGUGUGACAAAAGCAGCGGUCCCUCAGGACUUCUGCACGGAGUGGUUAGCACCGAUUUUGUCAGUGAAGGUCCUAGAGGACCUCGACGAGGCACUCAACUGCAUCAACACCAACGGCUCCCACCACACAGAUGUGAUCAUCUCUUAUUGCCCCUCCAAUGUGGAAAAGUUUAUGCGCGGAGUGGCCAGUGCUGAUGUGUUUUGCAACUGCAGCACGAGAUUUGCGGAUGGUUUCCGCUUCGGGUUUAAUGCAGAGGUGGGUAUUGCUACCGGGAAAACACACGCCAGGGGUCCUGUUGGCGUUGAUGGGCUCUGCACGUAUGCUUACAGACUAUACGGAAUGGGACAUACAGUAUCUGCAGUGGAGGCGGAGGCUGCCUUCAGCCACAAGCCGCUGCUGGUACUUGACCAGGCCAACAAAUCGGAUGUUAGGAUGAAUACGGAGGAAGCCAUUGACGCAUAUGAACGCAGCCGGAUUUUUCUGCAAUGA